AAUGAAUCUGCUAAGAUUUCCUGGCAUUUUCAGGACAUCUUCCAGACCUGUAUUUGACCACUGAAUAUGGUAUAUGAAAGAUGCAACCACUGUUAGAUUCAAUUGAAUAACUGGUGAAUCAUUAUUAUGAUGAUGACACCGCUUUGCCUGCGAAACGCAGCCACCCAACUGAUGCAGUAGUUAUUUUACGAUUUCCUGUUCUGUCACUUGGUAUUUUGCAUUCGGACCCACAUCGCAAUCGCACGCUUUGAUCGUAACAAUAAUACUAGUGCGCUCAUAAAAGAUUGCGAACAUCUCUGACCCUAUCAAUUCUUAUCCAUUAUUCCAUAUUUUUUCUUAUCUCUUUGUUUAUUAUUGCAAGUAAAACAAAGUCGCUUUGAAAAGCAUUGUAGUGCUCAACUGAGGAUGUAAUUCCACGGCCAUUGUGCGAACAACAGCACUGGCUGGAUGUGGAAACGCUUCUUGACUACAGAAAAAAUGUUCUGCCAAUGGCUUUCGUGGGCAAACAGCAGGCGAAUUAAAUCGAGGAAUUCUCUGCAUAAACACAGCUAUUUGUGCCGAUUUUCCGCAUAGCCGUGUCUUCAAACACUUUGGAAUUCUGUUGCCUAUUUGAACUUAAUUUUGGUCCAUGAAACGCCGAUUCUCCACAGCCACGAGAACCAGCAAAGGGAAUCUGGAUUUCGCAGGCCUUGUUUAUAUUCUUUUCGUUUAUAGCACUUGUGUCAUUUUUCUGACUGAUGAAUUUCAGCUUGACACCUGACAACCAACGAUUUCGUUCUUUUAAAGAGUGGUUGGCAAGGAGUCGUGAAUUGGCCAUCACGCAUUCAAUUACAUUCUGCACUGUAGAAUACGACAAGAGACUUUGAAGCAAAUCAAAAUGAUGCACGUUGCCGGAUGAGACGACUGCAGAUCAGGCAUCAUACAAAUACAGCUUCAUAGCCACAACACAACGCUGGAUUGUCAAAUAUUUUCAUUAAAAAUGAAGGUUCUUCACAAUAAUUAACUGCAGGUUGUUGAUUGAAAGUGAUUGCACACAGUCGAAAGCAAGAUGAAAAGAUAUAUUGAUAGUUUGAAUUUAUUAACUGCAUCAGUUCUGCUUCUGUUUUUCGCAGCCCUGCCCUACAAUAUUCAUGGCUUGAAUUACCGACCACACUUCACCCGGAAUCAGCUUAUAAAUUCGAUCAUAGAGAACACUCCUGCAGGUACAUCUGUUUCCAAGCUCUCAGAUUUCGCUGUAGAUGACGAGGGUGAUGUCAUCAAAUACAGCUUGGACACUGUAGGACAAUCCUAUUGUAACAUUGAUUCCGCAUCUGGACUGAUCACUUUAGCUAAACCAUUGGACAGGGAGGUAAACGAACGUGUUUCAUUUACGGCCUAUGCUGAAGACAACUUUGAAGGCGGCGGUGCAGCCCGCCGUGCAAGCAUCAUGGUCUUCAUCUAUGUGUUAGAUCUGAAUGAAUGGGCACCAGAGUUCCAAGGAACACCUUACCACACAGCUAUCCCAGAGAAUGCAACUGGUGGAUAUUCAGUGAUAACAGUAAGGGCUACCGACAAAGACGACGGCUCAAAUUCAGAAAUAAGCUUCGAAUUCAAAGCUGGAUCUCAGAUAUCCCAGUUUUCAUUAGAUGCAAAUUCUGGUGUUAUCAAGGUCAGCGGUCCACUUGACUACGAAGUUUCUACAAGAUAUACACUUUCUGUCGUCGCCAAGGAUAAAGGAGACACCCCACUGUCCUCAGAAGCAAGGGUUAUUGUUGACGUCAUAGAUGUGAGUGACAACACCCCAAUCUUCAGCCCGUCAUCUUCAUACGAAGCAAGGGUCGAUGAAAACCUACCCACUAAUUCAAAAAUAACAAAGGUUACUGCAUCUGAUGGGGAUAAAGGAGUAAAUAACGCAAUUAAUUACGAAAUAUAUUCAGGAAAUGUUGACGGCUUGUUUACAGUAGACAGAGUGUCAGGUGACAUAAGAGCGAAUGGAGCGUUAGAUCGCGAAAAGACUUCCGCGUAUCAGUUGAAGAUCAAGGCAUACGAAGUUCCGAUGCCAUCUUCAUUUUCACUGGCUGGUGUGCUUAUCCAGUUGAAUGACGUCAAUGAUUUCAAGCCUGUGUUUACCAAUAGAUCUUUCACGUUUACAAUAGACGAAGACAAACCGAAAGGGUUUAUAAUUGGUCAGCUGAUCGCCACUGAUGGAGAUGCGACUUCCACAAACAGUGUAUUUCAGUAUUCUCUGGGUGGCGAUUCUUCAAGAUUUGCUGUCAACUCUUUAAGUGGUCAACUAACUGUCAACUCAGUACUGGACUAUGAGAGCCAAUCCACAAUUAUCUUUACUGUAUUUGCUACAGAGACGCUGUCCAGCGAGCGAUUUUCGGGCAAUGCUACAGUGACAGUCCACCUUAACAAUAUGAAUGACAACAGCCCGAUCUUUAACCAAUCCACUUAUGACUUCAAAGUCUUUGAAAAUGCUCCUGCUGGAACCGUCCUUGGUUUCGUUAAGGCUUCUGACUUUGACAAAGGUAGCUUUGGUGAACUGUCAUACACACUAAGCUUGUCAUCACAGACUUCUAGCCUGUUUCAAAUCAAUUCAACGUCUGGGAAAAUAACUUUGAAGAGUCAACCAGACUAUGAAGUGAGUCAGUUUCAUGUUUUUCCGGUAAUUGCCACUGACGGAGGGGGCAGUAAUGCCAAAACAACAAGUGCAACGGUGCGAAUCAAUGUCCUCGACAUCAAUGACAAUUAUCCAGAAUUCGACAACCUUCCAACCACUAUAUCUGUGCCUGAAAAUCAAGCAGCAGCGUCGAUCUUCACGGUUAAGGCGUCUGAUAAAGAUUCUGGUUUGAAUGGUCAAGUAAGAUUAAAGCUCAUCAACCAAAGUGCUCCCGAGUUCUUCUUUAACGAGGCGACUGGAGUUCUUAAUACGACUGAACCUUUGGAUUUCGAAUCUGCAAGAAAUCGUUUUGUCCUUCUUUUCAACGCAAGUGAUCAUGGGGUGAGCCAAAAAAGUGUCACUCAGAGAUUGGAGAUAGCUGUCCAGGACGAGAAUGACCACACCCCAACGUUUGAGCACUCAGUUUACAACGCAACAAUAAAUGAAAACGCAAGAAUUGGAUCUCUUGUUAUUGAUCUCAACGCCACUGAUUUGGAUUCAGCCUUGAAUGGCAAAGUAACUUAUCAAAUACUGAGUGGAAAUGAACGAAACACGUUUUCAUUGUCAGCCACAACUGGGGAAAUAAGGACACAAGACAUUCUGGACAGGGAAACCGUCGAUGAGUACCAGCUACUGAUCCGAGCAUCAGACCAUGGCUCCCCUUCGUUGCUCUCAACAGUGCUGGUCAAAAUCAAAGUCGAGGAUUUCAACGACAACUAUCCAAAUUUUCUGCAAACAAGCUAUUCGGCCAAGGUCAAUGAGUCUGCGCCUGUCGGGUUUGUACUGCUCUCUGUGAAAGCCAGCGAUGCAGAUGCUGGGGACAACGGGCGGGUUGCUUACUUCAUAACGGCAGGAAAUGAUCAGGGUAAAUUUAGGCUUGAGAACUCGAGUGGGGACCUUUUGAUUGAGAAACACCUUGACUGGGAGAAGACCUCCACCUACAUCUUGAAUAUCAGAGCAGAGGAUCAUGGGAUUGUGAAGAAGUCAAGGAACGUUUUUGUGUCAAUUGAUGUUAUUGACAGCAAUGACAAUCCUCCGAUUUUUACAGUGUCCCAUUACUCGUUUCAAAUUUACGAGAACACCCCGGUUGCAAGGAGCGUUGGUCGCGUAACCGCUGUUGAUGCGGAUGGUAAACUUGCCCCAAACAGGAAUGGAGUUGUCAUGUAUUCUAUUAUAGCUGGGAACGUAAAAGGUCACUUCAAAAUUGACGAAAAUAUUGGAACAAUCACAACAAAUGGCUCAAUCGACCGUGAGAAGACGGCAUAUUAUAAUUUGACAGUGGCAGCGACAGAUGGAGGAUUUCCGCAAAACUCUGCCAACGUCGAUGUUGUUAUAAGCAUUAUUGAUGUAAAUGAUAAUGUGCCAUCAUUUACACGUAGAAAUUACACUGUAGAGGUAGCUGAGAAUGUGACCAUUGGAUCGAUUAUAGCAAGGGUGCGAGCAAUAGAUUCAGAUGCGGGAAUCAAUGCACAAUUGUCCUACGCGAUAACAAGUGGUAACGAUGAAGGCGCUUUUUCGGUCAGACCAACUGGUGAUUUAAUUGUAACAAGACAAGUUGAUCGGGAGACUAAAGAGAAGUACACAUUGAAAAUAUCUGUUUCUGACUCUGGGACUCCUCAGUUAGCAAAUCAAACGGACGUCUUUAUCACUAUCCUGGAUACAAAUGACAACAGGCCAGUGUUUCUGGGGACUCCUUACAUGGCCACUGUCUUGGAAGAGCAACCUGCUGGGACAAGAGUGCUUCAGGUCGCGGCAUCUGACGCUGAUUUUGGAAGAAAUGCUUUUGUAACUUACAAAAUUGAACAAUCUGUGCCGUUAAAUGUUUUCCAAAUCAACAAAACUUCUGGGAUCGUAACAACAGUGACUCGUAUCGAUAGAGAGUUGCAGGCAACGUAUAUACUAAAUAUCAGCGCAAUGGAUGACGGGAAAGAACAUCUCACUACGUUUGCUUCUGUGACUGUUUCCAUUGGCGACAUCAACGAUAACUAUCCAGUAUUAGGAAAUUUGCCAAACAGAACCAACGUGAGUGAAGGUGUACCAGUAGGAAGGUCAGUGUUUGAUCUUCAUGUUCGGGACAUUGAUUCUGGUGACAAUGCAAAACUUGCUUACACUAUCAUAUCAGGAGCUUUUGGAAAGUUUCAUAUUAACGAUGGGAUUGUGCUUGUCAAGGCUCCUUUGAAUCGUGAAGAAAGGAAUGCUUAUUUUUUGGCUAUUAACAUCAGUGAUAGCGGGAAUCCACCUUUAAGUGUGUCAUCUUCGUUGCAAAUUACCAUAACAGACGUCAAUGACAAUGCGCCCAUGUUCAUUCCCAAUCCUGUCCUCAACCCUGCUUUGUAUGUCAAAACCAUUCCUGAAGAAGAGGCUAGUCUCAAUCUGGUAAUAUUUGACAUCAAUGCGACAGAUGCCGACAUUGGCAAGAACGGAGAAGUUAUAUAUUCGAUAAUAGGCGGAAAUGAACGGGGUCACUUUGCCAUUGAUCCUGAAACGGGUAAAAUCAAAGUUGCCAAAGCCAUCGAUAGAGAAGAUCCAGCGAUCAAUCGAAAUCUUGGCGGUUUGGGAACUUUUUCACUGACCGUGAGAGCAGCUGAUCAAGCUGAGGCUAACCCACGAUUUGUAACAACUUCGGUGGAUAUUUUGGUGAGUGAUAUAAACGACAACGAGCCAGUGUUCGGCAGCCAGCGAUAUUUUGCUGGGACCAGUGAAGGUGCCGCCGUCUCCUCCACUGUUAUCACCGUAUCAGCAUCUGAUAGGGAUCUGGGACUGAAUUCAAGAAUCACGUACACAAUUGUAAACGGAAACACCAACGGUGACUUUGCUAUAUCGAACCCAUACGCUGGUGUUAUAUCAGUCGCGAAACCACUAAACGCCGAACAAACUUCAACAUACAAUUUGACAGUUAUGGCAAAGGAUGAUGGGAGCUUGAAUCACGGAAAGUCGUUUAAUUCAACUGUGAUUGUCCAAAUUAAAAUUGGGGACUUAAAUGACAACGAUCCUGUGUUUAAUCAGAGCGAGUAUAAGGCUUUUUUGAAGGAGAAUAUCGCGGGGAAGCAUCAUGUCAUUUCGGUGCUUGCAACUGACGCUGAUCAGGGAACAAAUGGAGAGGUCUGGUACCAAAUUACGUCAGGAAAUACUGAUGAAACUUUUCAAAUCAACAAUAGAACUGGAGAGGUUUUUUCUGUGAAGCCAGUUGACAGGGAAAGGAAUCCAAAAUUCACGCUGACCAUCAAGGGAGAGGACAGGGGCACACCUUCGACAAGAAAAUCUGCUGUUGAGCUCGUUAUCAAUGUCCAAGAUGUAAAUGAUAAUCCUCCGAAAUUCAAAAGCUCUGUUUAUGUUGGUAAAAUUUCCGAGAAUUCACCACCUGGAACGCGAGUGUCUUUGGAUCAUCUUAUUGAAUUUGAAGACCCAGACCAAAUUCCCACUCCUAUUUCGCUGUCCCUCGCAGAUGCUGGUUUCGAGAAGUUCACAGUAAACUCUACCUCAAAAACAAUAACUACAGCGUGGAAUAGCAGUUUUGAUCGUGAAGAUACACCAAUUUUGUACCUGAAACUGGUAGCACGAGACAGCGAUGGCCUCUCUUCAGAAUCCACCCUCAUUAUCGUCAUUGAUGACGUAAAUGAUAACAGGCCUGUGUUUAACGAAUCAUACUCAAUCGUCAACGUCAGUGAAAAUGCCGCCAUUGGCUUCCAACUGCUGACUUUACAAGCGCACGACCGAGAUCAUGGCCUAAACGCUCGACUAUCGUACACGAUUCGCGGUGGAGAUGACACAUUCAUUUUUAAUCAAUCAACUGAAUCUGUUCAGCUAAACAAAAAGCUUGACAGAGAAGUACGAGGUGUUUACCAACUAGAGGUUAUUGCAGUUGAUCAAGGCAAGCCAUCGCUGGAUGGGAAGGCCGUCAUCAUUAUAAAUGUCAUCGAUGUCGUGGAUUCUCCUCCUUAUUUUCACCCUGAUGUUGUGACUUUGAAUCUGAACGAAGCACAUCCAACGAACUCAGUCAUAUACACCCUCCAAGCAAAGGACAGUGACUUAUACGAUAAUAUAACUUACAAUGCCACAUCCCCGUUGCUUGAUUUGAUACACCUCGAUUCUUUGACCGGAAAAAUAACUUUAGUAAAGAAUUUGGACAGGGAAAAUAGAACUAACUAUCAGUUUACUUUUCAAGCUUUUGAUUCGAUGUCGUUGCAGUCGCCACCGAAUGGCCUAACCCUCAAAAUCAAUGUUCUUGAUGUGAAUGACAACGCACCGCGCUUUCUACAGCCCUUUUACACGAAUGACGUUGUUGAGAAUACACCUGAUGGCACUAUUGUGAUGUCCGUUUUAGCAACAGACGACGACGAGAAUCUAAAUGCCAAAGUCACCUACUCUAUAUUGGAAAACCUGUCUUCUCUAUUAAGGAUUGAUCCCGAUAAAGGUUUCAUAUCAAAAUAUGGCGUUUGGAAAACGACGCCAGGUGGAUGGCUGAACUUCACAGUUGUAGCUAGAGAUAGCGGAAGCCCGCCGUUGUCAAGCUCUGUGCGCUGCGUCAUUCGAUGGGUCGCCGUCAAUGCUUUGAACCCACGAUUUAAUAAGUCGCUAUAUGAAGUUACCUUGAAAGAGAAUGCAGCAAUUGGUACUGAGGUUAUACGUCUUAUAGCAUACAAGCGAGGCGAGGUAGAGGCCGUUACGUUUACGAUGACAGGAGGGCAUGGCUGUUUUCUUAUUGAGCAAAAUACGGGUGUCAUUCGUGUGGCAAAAGUCCUCGAUCGGGAGCAACAAGAUCGGUUUGCCGUCACAGUAACUGCUACAGACAACCAAUCAUCUCCUCAGAAUGGCGUUACGUCAGUGACCAUAACUUUAGAAGACGUCAACGACAACAAUCCUAUAUUCACCUCAGCUGUUUACAGAUUUUCAGUGAGUGAAAAAAAUGGUCCGGGUUUUACAGUUGGAAGCGUUGUUGCGUCCGACCAAGAUGCGGGAAACAACAGUAGAUUAACUUACUCGUUCUCGUCUGGCAACGAAAGAAACUGGUUUGCUAUCAAUUCUUCAAACGGUACUAUUCGUUCUGUAAAAGAACUUGACAGAGAGAUCCAAGAGGAAUUCAAAUUAACCGUUACGGCACGUGACCACGGAUUAAAUUCACUGAAUGCUACUGUGUCAGUUUGGAUCACGAUCCUGGAUGUCAACGACAAUACUCCCAUGUUUAGCAGAAGUCUUUAUAACAUCACAGUUAAUGAAGAUCUGCCCGGUGAUAGCCAAGUUGUGUUGGUGUCUGCAUCAGACCGAGAUAAAGGAGUUAAUGGAAGUGUGCUUUAUUCUAUCGAGUUUGGGAACGAUCUUGGCCACUUCUAUAUCGGACGAACAACGGGAAUCAUACGAAUUGCAAAACUACUGGAUCACGAAUCAGUGCAUGAUUUCAACCUGACAGUUUUUGCCACGGACAACGGAUCUCCGGCAGCACUUUCGUCAGCUUCUUUUGUCUUGAUCAAAGUCCUGGACGUGAAUGACAACAAGCCCAGGUUCCAGUCACCCACGUACUCGUUCUCAGUGAAAGAAAAUGCUGCCGUCGGCCACCGCAUUGGCCAAGUUUCUGCUGUUGAUGUCGAUGCCAGUUACAAUGAAGUUUUUUACGCAAUACAGGAAGGCUCGACUCAGUCUGUUGUUCGAAUAUCGCAGACCAAUGGUAGCAUAUUUUUGGCGAAAACUGUUGAUCGAGAAGUGUCAUCGAAAUACGUUUUACAGGUUGAAGCAUAUAACAAGGAUAUUCACGGCAAUGCCUCUUUGAAGUCGUUUGCUGAGGUCACCCUCAAUAUUAUCGACAUCAACGACAACGCACCAAGGUUCCUUUCUCCAAACUGCUGCAAUGUCUCCCUGUUUGAAAAUGCAAAUGUUGGUGACGUCAUUCUGCGCAUCGCAGCAGCUGAUGCCGACGCGGGAUCAAAUAGUGAGAUUUCCUACGCCAUUGUAAAAGGAGACGAUAAUGGCGAAUUUAAAAUUGAUAGUUCAACAGGUGACCUAAAGUUAAUGAAGUCGCUAGACCACGAGAGAGCUGGGCACUACAGCCUUGUUGUCAAUGCUAAGGAUCAUGGGAUUCCCAUGCUGUCCACAAAUUCAACUGUGCGUGUAUCAGUGCUUGAUGUUAAUGACAUGGCGCCUGUUUUCAUGCCUCUGAAUGUCACCUCUAUUUCGGAAGAUGUUGCUGUUGGAACAUUGAUUCUCAAAGUAACAGCCAUUGACAAGGACACUGAAGCAAAUGGGGAGGUUUUCUACGAAAUAAUUUCUGGAAACGAGGAGAAUUCUUUCGCUUUGGCUUCCUCUUCUGGAGAAGUGACAGUGGCAAGAAAACUUGAUUAUGAACGAGCUCAAAGUUAUAAGUUACGAGUCAUGGCACGAGACCGAGGCACUCCGUUUCUCUCCUCCUUCACAGUCGUUACUAUCAACAUUACCAAUGUGAAUGACAAUGUCCCCACUUUUCUACAAAGCACAUUGUAUGCCUCUGUUGGUGAGAACCUGAGUCCUGGAACCAACAUUGCAAGAAUAUCGGCAUCCGAUGCUGACAAAGAUGCUGUCUUCUAUUACAUUGAAGGUAGUCACGAGGAUACCUUUGCUCUAGACGAGAACACCGGCGUUUUGAGAACGAAGAAAAGCCUGGAUAGGGAAACAACUCAAGUGUACACAUUAACGAUCGUGGCAACCAACACCAAGAGGUCAACAAAUUUGAUCAGAACGAAACGUGCUUCGCCAAAAGGUUCUUUUUCGACUCAACAAGUGAUAAUUGAAGUUGACGAUCAGAAUGACAAUGCACCAAAGUUCACCCAAAAAGAAUAUCGUGCUGGUGUAUCCGAAAAUGCCAAAUACGCAACAAGUAUUCUUCAAGUGGCGGCCAUCGAUUUAGAUGCUGGAAACAACAGCAACAUCGCAUACUCAAUGAUAGGUGGACAGAACGAGGGCUUCUUCGUUCUGGAGAAAAAAACAGGCUGGAUAAAGUCAGCACAACUCUUUACUGGUAAAGUUGGAAGAAACUUUGAGUUAAAGGUCGUUGCGGAGGAUAACGAUGGAAGAAGCCCAAAUAGAAACGACACUGCUAUUGUCAAGAUAUUUGUUUUGACUGACAACCAGCGAGUUGUUCUGACGAUGAAUGUAGACCCACAGACUGUUCGAGAUAACAAAGAGGAGUUCAUAAGGUUUCUGCAAAACAUCACUUCCUUUAAAAUCAAUAUUGACGACAUCCAAUACUCUACAAAGAACGGCGAAUACGACAGAACAAGUACGGAUCUCGUCUUUCACGCCAUUGAUCGCACAACAAAUGAAAUACAGGACAGAGAUGUAGUAAUACAGGCCAUUGCAAGGAACCAAGAGAAAUUUCAAUGGUUCUUCCAGAAGUGGAAGGUCCAGUCGGUAAAAGCUGUUGUUGUUCCUACAUCUGUUCCGACCCAUGAUGAAACACAGACGAUUUUAAUAGCUGUUGCUGCUGCACUGUUUCUCAUCAUCCUUGGCUUCGUCUUUGCCCUGUGUUACUUGCGGCGCAAGCAGCAACGAAAACUAAAAGCUGCUACUGCCUCUGCGAAGGAUUCGGAUGCGACGCUUGAGCUAGAACACAUGCACAAAUUGAACACGAUGGUGAAGGGCGCUGUUUCCGGGAAGAAGGUGGACAACAGUCACGUGUCAAAAUCGCUGAGUAGAGCCUCCGAAAGAUUCUACCCGAUGUGGGUGGAACCAAAAGAUGAGAAUUUUGACUCCAUAAGACCUUUAAUGGAAACAUUUUCUAUAAAACGCUCUUCUGCUUCUUAUUAUGAAGAAAAUAAAUCAAUGAAUACCGUUAGCAACACAAGGACUCUAACGACGGAGAUCAUUAUGAUGCAAGAUCCAUAUAAUGGAGAAACAGACGUUGACUACUAUCCUGACGGAUAUGACUUCUAUGGUUCUGAAGAUAUAUCAGACAUGUAUGAUUCCCAAACUGAUGAUGACACGAUAGAUCGGGAGUUCGGUGCAACCUUCAAUCCCGUGGCCGGCCAAGUGCCCACUAAGGAGGAGCUGUUGCUACGGGCAUCGCUGCAACCAAUAAUAACUUUCGAAAAUGGCGUUAUAACAACAGCAACAUCGAUAUGAUGUCCAAUUAAGAGUUGAGCAAUAGCCGUUACACCAAAGCGUCAAACUCUUGCCUUUGGCUUUUCUAUAGAUUUGCAAAGUACUUUGAUUAGAAAUGAAUUUUAGUUUUGUAAUUAAUAUUUUGUAUAUCCUGAAAAUGCAAAUGUUUAUAUUCGUCCAAUUCACAUUAAUAUUUAUUGAGAAAAGGAAAAUCUCUUUUCUUAGCUUUCAUUCCUUUGCUCUUUUUUCAAUGCUAACUGUUAGUCAGAGAAAUGUAUCAAAUGAAUAAGUAAUUUUAGGAUGCAAAAGUAUUUAGGCCUAAGAAUGAAAUUCCGCUUUACGGCGCGGUAUGCCGCGGUGCAGUAUGUCAUGGAGCGGACCUAUGUUUAAACAUUGCUGGUAGAAAGGUUGGCAAAAAGACGAAUACUUUAGUGAAAAAUUCCUUAAUAUUGAGCCUGUUUGAAAGACCUUUUUUUCUUUUAUGCUAUGAGUCAAGGUAGUGCAACAUUGCUAAGCAAUGGUUACUAAAGGCAGCGAAUCUAGUAUUAAAUAUGAUUUUUAGAAGAAGAUGUAUUUUUGCCCUUGAGAUUUUUAUAAGCUGGUGUCUAGUUAAGAGAAUUGUACCCUUAUAAUGCAUCCUUGCUGAAAAGCAUUCUUUCAACACAGCCCCAAUAAAAUUCCCCAGGGGAUGCCAAGCACGUUUUAAAGAUAUUUAUAUUCUCAUUUCCAUUAGCUGGAAACAGCUUCAAACAAGCAACAUUUUUUUGUAAAGCUCUUUUGUUUUUAUGUCUACACAAGCCUCUUCUUUCUAAAUAGCCAAAUCCCAAUUUUGCAUUUAACAAUGGGAGAUAAAUGAAAAUAUAUCACUGGCAGGGAAGCUCAGUUAAACAUAAAUUCUUUGAAAUAAUGCAUGGUCACCAAGUUGAAAUGCCGCAAGAGCAAAAAGUAUAAAAGAAUUCCCAGUGAGACUGCUUCGCCUCAUAAAAUUGCCAAAAAUCAAAUCUCACAUCACCUGAAGCAUGCAUAAAAUGUUACCUAGCUUUUGCUGCCAAACAAUUUGCAGAGACAGCAAACUCUCGUGCGCUUCAAAGGGCCUAAUUCAGCCAUCGCAACUACCACUUUACAGCAAUGAAUGACGAUAAAAGGCCUCAAGGUGAGUUUAAGUCCUUUUUUAUCAUCAGUUCAAUGUACCUACUAAGCAUUAAAACAAAAAUUUUUAGCCUUCU